AUGGGACAUCACAACCGCCAUUUUGCUGGCGAUCCCCACGCGCUGGAGGGUGUUUGGAGUCCACCAACUAUGCGAAUUAGCUUUUGUGAGGAGGACUAUGCCGUCAGCAGAUAUUUCGCCGAGUUUAUCAGCACUUUGACAAACUUGGCAUAUGUUUAUUACGCCCUUGUGUACAUGUAUGGUCCUGGGAGCAAAGGCUUAUUCUCCCCCAGAUAUGAUUUCAUGUCCAUCUCUCUCCUUGUCCUUGGCAUCGGCUCUUUUGCCUUUCACGCUACCCUCCGCCAGUCAAUGCAAUUCGCCGACGAGCUUGCCAUGUUAGGGCUUGUCUGGUCUUUGCUUCAAGGUGUUCUCGCCACUGGGACGAAGCGUGACAGGAUACUUAACUGGUCGAUGGCUGUGGGGUUUCCGCUCUUUUCGGCGUUUUACAUCUCGAAUGGCAAGAUCAUUUACCAUGCUUCUGCUUUUGGGCUGGCGUUGGUUUUGAUCACCAUCCGAGGGCACUACUUGUUUCUUUGGAGAAACCCGCCGUUUCCGGAAGCGAAGAGGGUAUCGUGGAAGAAGAGGGGGAGGAGGACGCUGUGGUUGUUGUUAAUCGGAUAUGCGCUUUGGAAUAUUGACUUGGAGUUUUGUACGGAGCUGAGGAGCUUGAGGGUGAAGAUGGGGUUACCUUGGGCUUGGGUGUUGGAGUUGCAUGGGUGGUGGCAUGUGUUGACUGCUGUCAGUGCGAGUUGGUUUAUGGAUAUUGUGAGGGAGGUCCAGGAGGAGUUAAGAGAUGGUGCCAGCCUGGCGGGCAAGGAUUCUGAGAGUGAAAGGUUGAAAGAGUUAUAG